GCUGUUUUAACCAAAGCCACAGGCUGAACAUUAGUUAUUUAUUUUGUUGAGGGCCAACAUGGAAGUCAUCCCUUUUGGUUCCUGCUGUUUUGGUUUUUAAAACUCCUGUCUUCUAGUUCCUGUAAUGAAAUACAUCUUCAACCUCUAUUAUCAAUUCAUCCACCUUUGAAGAUUCAAAUUCAUGCUCGCUGACAAGAAGAAUAACAUGUUUUUGGAUGGUAAACAGUGUCUGUGUCCUGGCCGUGUCCCAAAACAGCAGGGAAUACUUCCAGCAGUUGUUCCAAAAGUUCAUCCUUCUGUUGUGACAAAGUAUCACAAAGUGCAGACUUUGAUCACAUUAUGGAGGAGGGCUAUGAACUUGACCUAACUUACAUCACGGAGCGGAUCAUUGCUGUGUCCUUUCCUGUGAGCUGUUCAGAGGAAACGUACCUGCACAACCUGCAAGAUGUAACCCGAAUGCUUAAAUCUAAACAUGGAGAUAACUAUCUGGUGUUAAACCUUUCUGAAAAAAGAUAUGACCUUGCCAAACUCAACCCAAAGAUAAUGGAUGUGGGGUGGCCUGAUUUGCAUGCCCCUCCCCUGGAUAAGUUGUGCACCAUUUGCAAGGCCAUGGAGUCAUGGUUGAACAGUGACCCUCAGCAUGUGGUAGUGAUUCAUUGCAGGGGUGGAAAAGGAAGGAUAGGCAUAGUGAUAUCAUCAUAUAUGCAUUUCACCAAUGUUUCUGCAAGUGCUGAUCAGGCUUUAGACAGAUUUGCUAUGAAGAAAUUCUUCGAUGAUAAAGUUUCAGUGUUAAUGCAGCCAUCCCAGAAAAGAUAUGUGCAGUUCUUAAGUGGCCUUCUGUCUGGAUCUGUGAAAAUGAACACCACCCCGCUCUUCCUACACUUUGUCAUCAUUCAUGGCAUCCCAAGCUUUGAUGCUGGAGGAGUGUGUCGGCCCUUUUUGAAACUGUACCAGGCUAUGCAACCCAUUUAUACAUCAGGAAUAUAUAGCUUAGGUCCAGAAAAUCAAAGCAGGGUUUGCAUUGCUAUUGAGCCAGCCCAACUACUGAAGGGAGACAUUAUGCUGAAGUGUUACCACAAAAAAUAUCGAUCAGCCACUCGUGAUGUGAUUUUUCGCCUGCAGUUUCAUACAGGUGCUGUCCAAGGUUAUGGUCUUGUGUUUGGCAAAGAGGAUUUGGACGAUGCUAACAAAGAUGACCGUUUUCCUAAUUAUGGAAAGAUUGAAUUGGUAUUUUCAGGAACCCCAGAGAAAAUCCAAGGAUGUGAACACCUACAGAAUGACCAUGGAGUGAUAGUUGAUUACAAUACCUCUGAUCCGCUGAUACGCUGGAACUCCUAUGAAAACAUGAGCCCAGAUGGGGAAGUGUUACAUACUCAGGGUCCCAUUGAUGGCAGUCUUUAUGCUAAAGUGAGAAAAAAGAGCUCCUCAGAUACCAGUGUCCCAACUGGAGCCCAGGGCAUCCCAACGAUCAGCAGUCCUGAUCACAGUGAUCAUACACUGUCUGUCAGCAGUGAUUCAGGACACUCAACAGCUUCCAUCCGGACAGACAAGACUGAGGAGCGUCUUGCAUCAGGAACUAAACGGGUUUUGAGCCCACAAGAGAAAGCAGAGCUGGACCAACUCCUUAGUGGCUUUGGCCUGGGAAGCGUGGUCAGUCCCCUCAAGGAUAUGACUGAUGCCCAAAGCAAGUACAGUGGGACUCAUCACAUAGUGCCAGCUCAGAUCCAUGUAAACGGAGUCUCCAAGCUCAAGGAUCGGGAGACGGACAUUCUCGAUGAUGAGAUGCCCAACCAUGAUCUUCACAGUGUAGACAGCAUUGGGACUCUGUCCUCCUCUGAGGGGCAGCACUCUGCCCACCUGGGAAACUUCAACUGCCACAAGAGCAGCCAGAAUUCACUGUUGUCAGAUGGGUUUGGGAGCAAUACAGGGGAGGACCACCCCACUACCCUGGCCCCUGAUUUGGGAAUAGGUGUGGACCCCCUGUAUGAGAGAUCGUUUGGAAGCAGUGAACCAAAGCAAUCCCAGCAGCUGCAAAGGAAUCCUCCUGUCACUGGCCAGCCUCAGGUUUAUGGCCGAAGCAGCUACUCAACUCAGACCUGGGUGCGCCAACAGCAAAUGGUCACUGCUCACCAGUACAACUAUACCCCAGAGAGUGAAAUGAGGCUUGGUAUUCCUAGCUCUGUAGAGGGCUCAGGCGGUGUGCAAAGCCCACACAGAGUCCCAGACACCCCGGCCCGGGGGUCCAGCAGCAGAGAUGCUGUGCAGAGGGGAUUAGGGACUGUGCCAGGUCCCAGUGGAGUGACAGAGCACCCUGUAAAUGAGACUUUUAAAUCAAGAUUAGUAGUGGAGAAAGAUACAAAUGGUCUGGAGCUGGGCUUGAAUGCAGAAUGCUUGACAUCAUCCCCUACACUGGAUAUUGAUCAGUCAAUUGAGCAGCUGAACAGGCUGAUCUUGGAGCUGGAUCCUUCGUUUGAACCUAUCCCAACCCGCAUUAACAGCAUCUCCAGGGACACGAGUCAAGUGAAUGGUUUCACCAGCCCUACUAUGGAUGGGGGAAUGCUCAGCGUGAGUCCUGGGAUCCAUGAGAAAGUAGAGCUCCCUAACAGGAACUUCUCCUGCCAUAUGCCAGGUUCACAAGAAGAUGAUACGUCAGGGGGAAGAAUCAGGAAGUUAAGUCUUGGACAGUAUGACAAUGAUGUUCCAGAACAGCUAUCAUUUACGAAGUGUGGAUGGAUGAAGUCUACUGCUGUAGACCCAGCUGUAAAUCCAGGAUCACUAAUUGCUGUAGGGGAGACUAAAGAGAAAUGUGUGGCACGUUAUCAAGAAGGCCUUGAUGAGGUUGAUUGUGAAAUCUUCUCUCCAACCAAAAAUGGGAAUGAACCUGUCCCACCUAUCCCAGCUUUUCCACUGUCACCUGAGACACCAUAUGUGAAAACUCCUCCAUAUUACCAUCAAGUGACUCCAUCAGGCCAGCAGAUCAAUAGCCUACCUGAACUGUACAGAAGCAGUCAUGAAUCUCGAAGUUACAAAGAAGGCCUUAACCAUACUGUUGUGACAUCUGACAGUACCAUGGGCACCAAUCCUGCUUUGCUGAGGACUGACAUACAGAUGGCUUCUUCCUGUCAGCGGCCUUUUGCAUCUACAUGCACCAUUUCAAAUAACAGCCCUAUCCCACAGGAACAACGCCCUCAUGCAACUGAACACUCUUGGCUGAGCAGCCAAAGACCGACCCAUUCACCCCAGCUUUCAAUGAAGGGUAACAACAGACCAACAGGAAGUUAUCUUUUGCCCUCAGAAUUUUCAAGCUCUGUGCAGGAAGACUCGCUCUUGUCCCAUUUCCCGUCCCCAGGCCUGCAAGUUAUCUCCUUGAGCAGCCAAGAAAAUUCAUCAUCAGAGCAGCAACAAGAACCUUCUGCCAAAACCAGUGCCCGGACUUACCUGAACUAUGGUGGAGCCAGUGUAGGCAGCAGCCCUUCCUUGGAGGAGAAACAGGCUACUUUCAUGGUCAACAGCAACAGUUCUCCCAAAACUAUGAGCUCACCACUGGCAAGUGAAGAAGACAAUGGAUUUUUGGAACACAACUUUCUUACAAUGACCACUGGACAUAACAGCCAGAACAGCACGACUCAGCAGAAGCACGGAAUGAAUCUGCACCCCCAACCACCUCUUCCAGAGAAGAAGAGGUCUUCUGAAGGAGAACGUUCCUUUGGUUCCAUCUCCCCUUCUUCCAGUGGCUUCUCCAGUCCCCACAGCGGGAGUACAAUCAGCAUCCCAUUUCCAAAUGUCCUGCCAGACUUUUCUAAAGUUUUAAGUACUUCCCCUGUGCCAGACAGUACAACUGAUAAGCAUGUGACUGUAAAAUUUGUCCAAGACACAUCCAAGUUCUGGUACAAGCCAGAUAUUUCAAGAGAACAAGCCAUUGCUGUUCUUAAGGACAAGGAACCUGGGUCAUUCAUUGUUCGAGACAGCCACUCAUUCCGGGGAGCCUAUGGCCUUGCAAUGAAAGUUGCUACACCCCCUCCUUCAGUGCUGCAGUUGAACAAGAAAGUUGGGGAUUUGUCAAAUGAACUAGUAAGGCAUUUUCUGAUUGAGUGCACCCAUAAGGGAGUUCGAUUGAAAGGAUGCCCAAAUGAGCCAUAUUUUGGGAGUUUGACAGCUUUGGUGUAUCAACAUUCCAUUACUCCUUUGGCAUUGCCCUGCAAACUACUCAUCCCAGACAGAGACCCAUUGGAGGAGAUAGCAGAAACUUCUCCACAGACUGCAGCAAACUCAGCAGCUGAGCUCCUAAAGCAGGGUGCAGCAUGCAAUGUCUGGUACCUGAAUUCUGUGGAAAUGGAGUCUCUUACAGGCUACCAGGCAGUGCAGAAAGCCCUGAGCAUGAUGUUGAUACAAGAUCCUCCUCCCAUCUCUACUGUGGUUCAUUUCAAGGUGUCUGCCCAAGGGAUCACACUGACGGACAAUCAGAGAAAACUCUUUUUCCGGAGGCAUUAUCCUGUCAAUACUGUUAUUUUUUGUGCUUUGGAUCCACAGGACAGAAAGUGGAUGAAAGAUGGCCUUUCAGCAAAAGUGUUUGGAUUUGUGGCAAAGAAGCAAGGCAGUCCCACAGACAAUGUGUGCCACCUGUUUGCAGAGCAUGAUCCAGAACAGCCCGCCAGCGCCAUUGUGAACUUUGUGUCAAAGGUUAUGAUUGGUUCCCAGAAGAAGAUUUGAAGCCUUCCCGGCCUGCAGUCCAGAGCUCUUUGCUGACUCCAGGGAAGGCGAUACAGGGGUAAAAGCAUAUUUGGGAAUAUGCAGCUACUUCAUCUGACCCUAACCACUCCUCAGCUGCUACACCUUUCGCUGAAGGAAAGCAGAGGACAGUUCUGUCUCGCUAACAGCACAGAGAGUGUGCUCCUUUCUUUAAAGACAUUUCUGAUCUAUCAAAACAUUGGGUUUUUCUAUCAAAGGCAGAGUUGCAAACUGAACAAGUUGAGUAUCACCAAAAGUCAUGUAGCCCACGUCUAAAUUAAAUGUAGAAGACUUUCCAGCAAAGGGAUUUUAAUGUAUUUUCUUUUCUCAAAAAAAAGCAUUUGCCCACUCAUCAGAUCAUGCUAUUUUUAUGCUGAAAAAAUGUUAGAACCACAUAUGUUCUCUUAUACACUUGCCACAAUCGCAUCAAUGGUAGCUAUGGCCCAUGCAAACAGAUGUUCUUAAGAGAAUGGGGGUCUGUGAAGGACCAUUUGCUCUUCCCUUCAUCUUUAUACAGUAAUAGUGGGAGCUGAACUUGGAAGGUGCAAGAUAUAGGUUAGGUGCAGGUUAGUGCAAGGUAAUUUCUUCUAAGGGUGCAGAGGCAUGGCAUUUUCAGGGCAUAUGGCUAGGUUUGUGUGUGAGGAAAGCUGAGAUUUUUAGUUUGUGUAAUUUUAAAGCAGAGGAGCUGACCAAAAAAAAGGUUGUGCAGAAAAGUAUUCCGUGACUGGAUUUUUUUUUAUUAUUAUUAUUUUUAUACAAAAAGGUAAGCAGGGAAGAUCUCUAUUUUAAUAAUUGCAGGAUAAAAAUGAGGGAAAAGCAAAGAAGAAAAUGAUUUUGUAUAAUUUAUAUAUUUUUGCUGGUGCCAGAUUAUUUAUAGUAGACCUGAGAUCUCAAUAUACUAUAUGGAUAUUCUUAUACUAGUGCCAUUGUUCUGCUUGGCUUUUCUAAUACUAUUUUGCCAAAUAUAGCAUGUUGCAUGUGCUUUGCUGUAGUGAGUAGAGUUUCAUAUUCUAAGUCUUGUCUUACAGUGUUAAACCACGUCCCAUCUCCCAUCCUUCCAGAACUAAUGUUUUGACUAUGACAUAAGCUGUCCCGCCCCGUAGUUACUUACGGUCAUUCUUUCAGAAAAUUUUUUCUUUUUUUUUAUUUGUAUGGACUGUAUUUAAGUUUUAUAGCUGAAUUUUUAAAUAAUUUCUUGAGCCAAGAUAUCUAAAGGGAAAAAUAUAUUUUGUUACUUUACCCCAUUUCUAAGAGCUUUCAUAUCAUUAUUUGAAAAUCUGUCAGAUGUAUUUCAUAUGAUCUUAUAACCCAGUGUAGAGUACCCAGGUAUAUUUAUAAAGGGAUAAGCAUUCUAGAUACCUAAGUUUUACUCGGACUGUAGUUAGCCUUCAUGAUGGGUAAAGUACUACAGACUAUGGCAGGUUACUUGGGAUAACCCCAGUAAGAGAGAGGCUCCAUUUGAAGUCCAUAGUAAAAUAUACAUGUACUCCAAAGGGAA